ACCAUUUGGGAUGCAAGCUGCCGUUAAACCCCAAAGACGACGAAGAAGAAGGAGAAGAAAAAAAAUCUUCUAUCUUUCUCGCUUUUUCUAACGUUACGAACAGCCGGCUUAACAUUAUGGCUGAGUUUGUAUUUUUUUUCUCUCUCAAUAGGCUUUAAUCGUACGGAUAUUUGAAUGGAUCUGGCCUUAGUUUGGUGUGUUAUAGCAGCACAAAAGUUCGUCUUUUCGGGCUUCUUGGUUGGCUAACGUUAGUAAACGUAAGGUUAGCUAACUUCGCUAGCGUGUGUUAUCGUAAGCUGAUGAAGUAAAGUAGCAUUCACUGUUUGAUAUACAGUUUUUCUUCUAACGGACUGUGUUUGGUCAAGUUUUGUCAUUAUAGCUGUUUAAGUGUCAUUUCGUAACGCAAAACCCCGAACCAACUUAACGAUACAUGGUUCGUAAGGUAAACGCUUAACGUUAGCUUUAGCACGGUAGCUUUAGCUAGCACUCUUGGUUGAGUCUCUUGCUUCAUUUCAAACAGCCAGCGUGCAUCACCUGCUGCCAAAAUGAUGGACUUUGAUAAUAUAUUGGACAUCGCCUCGCAAAACCAAGGCCUCAGCAGUGUACAGCAGAAGAGAUACAGUUUACAAACUGGACCCCCCAAAAAGGACCCAAGAUCGAAAGGUGUAAGUUCUUCUGCUGUGCAGGCGCUUUUGAAGAAGCAAAAGAUUGAUAGCAAAAAGAAAGAAAUUCUAAUGAAGAAACAGAAGGAAGAACUACUAGCAAAGAGGGUUGAGUUGAAGUCGGACCGUAAAGCACGAGCCAUGGCUUCCAGAACUAAGGACAAUUUCAGAGGCUACAAUGGCAUCCCAGUGGUAGAGCUUCCUAAGAAAAGGAGAUCGAAACAUGAAAUGCAGGAAGACAAAUCGAUGGAGGAAAGAUUUAGGAAUAACUCAAUUGACCCAGAGGAUGAUGAGGAUAAUUAUGAGUAUGAACCGACAGAUUCAGAGCCCGAGCAGGAACCAGAACCGCGGAGACCCGGGAAAACCACAGGUUCUUCUGGGAAUAGUAGUAGUAGUAGUAGUAGCAACAGCAGCAAGCCCUCAUCUAAAAAAAACAGUGGGCCACCUAAGCCUGCUCCACCUCCCAUGAACUUUGCAGAAUUACUCAAAUUGGCUGAGAAGAAGCAGUUUGAGCCAGUUGAGGUGAAAGCCAAGGUAGUGAAAAAAGAUGACAGGCUCAGAACAGCUGAAGAGAUAAGGGAACUGGAGAUGGAGCGCAAGGCUAAGAGACUGGACAGAGAUUUAAAGGCAGAGAAAGAGAGAGACAGCAAGUCUCAGUCUAGCUCUAGUUCAAUAAAAAAAAACACUUUCGAGAAGGAGCAGAAGAACUGCAAACCGCAAAAGAACUCUUUAGAAAAGCAGAGUCUUCCGAGUGGGUCAGGGAAGAAGUUGCAUCCAACGCCAACUAGUGAUAAAGGCCAGUCUUCUUCCAAGCUCUCUGUUAGUGACAGAGAAAGAGAGAGACCCAAGAUGUCUCACAGCGAUAGAGACAGAUCCAGGACAAGCUUGUCUAGCUCAUCUGGUGCCAUGAACAGUAAAGUUCCUUCGAAAGCUGCGUCUUCUCAGGUUUCAGCCAAACAAGGGGGCCUUAAGCCCUCGUCGAGUCACAAAUCCAGCACCGCAAGUGACCUUAUCCUCAAAAAAGAAAGCUCAUCAAGAGCCUCAGGUGUUCCUGGGACCAGGGCUCCUGGAACAGCUGCAACAGGCCAACGAUCGCAGCAUGGUAGCUCCCAACAGACCAGGCCCAGUCAGGGUAGCUCAUUGAAGCAGGGACCUAUAGUCGGCGGCCACAAGUCGGGAAAGGGAGAACAACUAAGGCCUGGAAGUAAUUCUGUUCUAAAACCAAGUGGUAAUUCGGUGAUGAGACCGUCAUCGGGCGGCCCUCCUAAGGCCGGGAGCCAACCUCAGUCGAGACCUGGAGGCACGCUCCAAGCUAGAGCGGGUGGUGUACCACAGGCCAGGCCUGGUGGGAGUGGCCUACAGGGUCAGCCUCGAGGUGGUGGACCCCGGCCUCCAGGGAUUGGACCUGGUCGGCCUGGUAGUGGAGGACCAGUACCUGGACGACCAACUGGCAGCAUGGGAUCAGGACCUGGAAAACCCAAGUGCACGGUGGUGUCAGAGACCAUUUCAUCCAAGAAUUUUGGUGGACCCAGACCAGGAGUCCCUCCUCGACCAGGAGUCCCUCCUCGACCAGGCGUGCCACAGAGACCAGGCGUGCCACAGAGACCAGGCGUGCCACAGAGACCAGGCGUGCCACCGAGACCAGGGAUGCCACCGAGACCAGGGAUGCCACCGAGACCACCAGGUACAAUGUUGGGACCUAUCACCUCUGCGUACAAAAGGAAAUACGAGGACGAGGAAGAUGAGUAUGACCCAGAAAUGGACGAUUUUAUUGAUGAUGGAGAUGACGGGCAAGAUGACAUUUCCAGGCACAUUAAGGAAAUCUUCGGCUACGAUCGUAACAAAUACAAGGAUGAAAGUGACUAUGCGCUUAAAUUCAUGGAGAGCAGCUGGAAAGAUUUGCAAAAAGAGGAGGCCAGGAGCCUGCGAAUGGCUGUACAGGAAGAUCUGGAGGAGGAGAAAAGAGAGCAAGAAGAGCUGAAAAAGCAAGAUGCCAAGAGGAAAAGAAAGAACUGAAGCCCCUUUGUCAUUGAGAUGGGAAAAAAAAAAAAAAAAAAAGUGUCCUGUAAUGCGGGACGGGGUCUGCCAUGAAGCCCAGUGACUGUGUCCACCUCUGUUGCCUCUGUUGCUUCUCUCUGCAUCUCUUCUUAUGUUGGGACAAAAACUGAGUGGAGUGACACAUGACAGAGGGAAAGAGAAGAAUGUUAGUCAAAGACCACCUGAAAAAGACAAAAUAUGCACAAAUCAUUCUGGCAUUAUUUAUUUGCAAGGUUUUCUUAAAAAGAAACUGAGUUGCGAAGAGGACUAUACGUAUGGAGGAGUGUGUGUGUGUGUUUUUUUUUUUUUUGGGGGAUGGCAAGUGUUGAUAAAAAUGCUUUUUCAGCAGACAUUGUUGCAUAUUUCUCUAUACAAAUUUUGAUUGCGAAGUCAAUUGAAUAUGCAGAAAACAUUACCACUUGAUGUGUUGUGUUUCUCUUUAAAGGGAGUUGAAGAGAAAUUA